AUGUACACAGCACUUGUUUGUGCUCUUCUCAUGGCUGGCUCCAGAGCUGGUGACGCUGCCGCUUGGAAAAAGAGAGCAGUCUAUCAGCUUUUGACUGACAGAUUUGCAAAGUCAAAUGGCGAUACUUCAGGGUGCAAUCUUUCCAACUAUUGUGGUGGAGAUUUUGAAGGAGUCAGAAAAAAUCUAUAAUAUAUCAAGGAUCUAGGAUUUGACGCUAUCUGGAUCUCUCCAGUAGUUGAUAAUCUUGAUGGUGGCUAUCACGGCUAUUGGGCUAGAAACUGGAAUCAAAUCAACAGUCAUUUUGGAAAUUCAGAUUCACUUAAGUAAUUGGUUGAGACUGCUCACUCAAUGGAUAUUUGGGUGAUGGUGGAUGUCGUAGCGAAUCAUGUAGCCCCAAUCGGUAACGAUUUCGGACAAAUUUCUCCAUACAAUUCAGGAGAUCACUAUCACAGCAACUGCGAUAUUAAUGACUGGAAUAAUCAAUGGCAGGUUGAGAACUGCAGACUUUCAGGUCUUCCAGACUUGAAAUAAGAAAAUGGGUGGGUUAGACAAUAACUUAAGGAUUGGAUUAAAAAUCUAGUUCAAACAUACAACUUUGACGGAAUCAGAAUCGACACCAUCCCAGAAGUACCAAAGGACUUCUGGUCUGAGUUCGGACAAUCCGCUGGCGUCUUCCAAAUGGGAGAGUGCUUUAACGGAAAUCCAGCUUACGUCGGUGAUUACCAGAAUCAUGUCACUGGAUUAUUCAACUACCCUAUGUAUUACACAAUCAAGGACACUUUCUAAUCUCAAAAGUCAAUGAGAGGAAUUUCAAGCAGAUAUGUUGAGGAGCAAGGCAAGUUCAAAGACGUCGAUGCCCUCGGACUCUUUGUGGAUAACCACGACAACUCUAGAUUCUUAAACGGCAGAAAUGAUCAAAGACUCUUCAAGAGUGCCCUCGCCUUUUCACUCACUGGUAAAGGUAUCCCUUUCAUGUAUUACGGAAGCGAAUAAGGAUUUGCAGGUGGAAAUGACCCAAACAACAGAGAACCAAUCUGGUCUAACUUCAACAAAGAUCAUGAUAUCUUCAAGUUUGUCCAAAGAAUUAUGAGUGCUAGAAAGACCUAUAACAUGCCAUCCUCUGCUUUCGCUGAGAAGUGGGCUGAUGAUGAUUUCUACGCCUUCACAAGAGGUAAUGUUGUUGUCGCCUUGACCAACAAACCAGACAACGGAGUUAACAGAAAUGUCCCAAAUCUUGGAAUCAACAAUGGAAUGACCUUGUGUAACAUUUUCAACCAAGGAGAUUGUCAAACUGUUCAAAACAACAAUAUCAACGUCCAACUCAACAAUGGUGAAGUCAAGAUCUAUGCCCCAAGAUCAUCUGCUGAUGAUAUGGCCGAGAUCGCAAUGGAAUGA